UCCAGUACAACGAUAUCAUCACCUGUGAGAAAACUGUCCCCGCUGUGGCUCACAGUUGUGUUUGCUACCGCUCCUGACAUACACAGCAUAAAAAAGUGUCUCGCCCCCGGAUUCACAACGAAGAAGGGGACGGCUUGCAAGCACACCUUGCAGCCGCUCCGUCAGCAACUAUAGCGUUGAGGCAUUCCAAAGAUAAAAUGGCGAGUCAAGCAAGUUCCACGAACGCGCGUGGCGAUGAGUUCCCACCAGCGUUGAAGGGAAAGCGCAUUCUCCUGGCUACGGAAUCGCUCGGUCCCGUCAAUGGUGUCAGCAGGACAACAGGUAUGCUCAUAGAAUACCUCAGAGCCAACGGCGUCGAUUUGGCGGUUGUCGCUCCUCGUUAUGAAGUCAAAGAUCAACUGCAUACAAAACCACCAACAGCGCCAUCGCAUUCUCGUUCUGGAUCGGAAGUGCGACUCCACGGUUAUCCGCUACCGUAUAACCCCGAUUUGACUGUGGUAUACCCUUUCCGUUUUGACCGUGUCUGCAGCCGCACGUUUCAACCGGACAUAGUGUAUCUCGCGAGUCCGGCGUCAGUGGGUUACCAGUUUCUCUGGCAAAUCCGCCAGUUGCAAAAACCACCGGUGGUUUUGCUCAACUACCAGACCGAUCUAGCGGCUUAUUCCUCUAUCCUGCUCCCAGGUGCUAUGGGUCGCUUUGGGACAUGGUUGGUGAAUCGAGUGCAGGGGUUUCUUUUCAAUCAUCCCUCGGUCGAGACCAUCUUUUAUCCUUGCUCGGAUGUCCGAGCUUACCUAGAAGAGGCUGGAGCCCCCUCUAAUCGCUUAGUACAACUUGGCCGAGGAGUGGAUACUGUCACAUUCAACCCCAGACACCGCGACGAAUCCUAUCGACGACAGCUUGCUCCGAACGGUGAAAUUAUCCUAGCGUAUACUUGUCGCCUGGCACCCGAAAAGGGCUUCGAAUUCCUAGCCGAUGCCGCUGUCCGACUCGCCAAGGAGGGUCUUGCGUACAAACUUUUGAUCGUGGGCGGAAACAGGAAUCCAGCCGUCGAAGCCGAUGUACGAACCCUUUUCGAACCCGUCCGGGAUCGUGUCAUCUUCACCGGUUUCCUUGGCGGCGAAUCCCUAGCACGGGCCUAUGCAGCCGCAGAUGUCUUUUUGCACUGCUCAAUUACCGAGACCUUUGGACUAGUCGUUCUAGAAUCGAUGGCCAGUGGCGUUCCCGUCAUAGCGCGCAACCAAGGAGGUCCGUCGGAUAUUGUCAAGCAUGGAAAGACGGGAUAUCUAGUUGCACCUGAUGAUCUGGAUGAAUUCGUUCGACUGACCCUAGAAGUGUCUCGAGACUCGGAACUCCGUCAUAACCUCGCCGUCAACGCUCGAGCCUUUGCCGAUGAAACCACUUGGGAGAAAAUCAAUCGUCGCGUAGCCUGGCACAUUGUGGAUGGAUUAGAGAACCAUUCUCGACGGUUGGAAAUGAAGAAAGCGCAACGACCCAUUCGAAACUGGAUUUCCGCCCAAUACUCGGAAUUUGAAGCUCAUAUAUUGUGGCCUUUGAUCGAACAGGUGCGCGUAAACGCUGCUAUAGCCUUUGUCUUUUUCAUGUGGAUGAUUGCCGUGAUACCGUUGAUCUUGCAUGGGAGUCGGAUGUUCCAUUUUGUUCAAACUAUACCCCUUAUGUUUCAGCAGGCGCAGAGCAAUCAACUUGCAAACUCCAACAUUGUGUGUACGCACGCUACACGUUUAAAAGAAGCCCUAACCCUGCAAAACCAGGAAAAGUUGACAUUCACGUCAUAA